GUUCUAGUUCAGGGAUAGGCAAAGCAGGUCCUUGAAUAGCCCAAAUUGAACUAUUUAAGAGAAUACGUCUUAACAGCAUUAUUUGAGCCUUUUACUAGAAAGGUGUCGCUAAAAGCUGCAGGAUCCCGUACCUGAGGGCCAGGCUUACCUAAAUGUGGAUGAAAUGAUCAUGAUGACUUCCAAGAUCUGACCGUGGAAGCAGACAGACUACAGUAAGAUAUGAUGACUUGGGCAGGACUUAAUAAAAAGCUGCUGACUACUUGGAGUUGCUGCUAAACUUCCAUACCUACCAUUCAAGGAGCCUAGAUUACCUUGGACAGAGCUGUGGAGAGGAGGAUGAGGUUCAACGCAACACAACUUGCUUUUCUUGCUAAAGGACCCUCUGGAAGCUUCGACAGAGAAGGCAGGCUUAAAGUGUGCCGAGUGCCCUUGAGCAAUUCAGAAAAGUCGCAAGACACUAGAGAGAGAUGGUGCCGUCUGAAAGGGAACCUGCUCUUUUUAAUGAAAAAAUCAAUCCAGAAGUCUGACCCAGUCGAAGUAGUCGUCCUGGAACGAUGUCACAUUGUGGAAGGAAGAGAUAACAGAAAGGCUUCAUUAAGCAUUAAGUUUGAGAGUGGUGAACCAGAUCUUUACCUCGAAGCCUUCAGCAAAUCUGACUGCAAAUCCUGGAUUGCGGCACUCCGAGAGGCAAACUCUGAAGGUUUGCAAAAAAGGAUCCGGCACCUUCAGCAGCUCAUCAUGGAAAUUCAAGGCAGCGAGCCGGCAGACAGCCUAGGGAGGGAAAUAACCCAGGCAGCUGGUGCAGUAAUGAUUCCAAAGCUGCCGAAUGUGGAGUUUAGCCUAGCAUGCAGGGAGCUUGCCGCCCCAGCCAGAGAAAGGAAACCCAAUGCUGUUGUGCAGAUUGCUGUUACCAACACGCAAGAGCAAAGCCUGACGACUUACACCAGCACUGAAAUAGUUGAGGGAACAAGAGACCCACUGUUUCUGACUGGUGUGACAUUCCCUCCAGAAUACCCCAUUUGUGAGGAAACUCGGGUCAAACUAACAGUCUAUGAUGUGAAGGAUAAAUCCCAAGAAACGAGAAGCUUCCUGGGCAGCACUACAUUUUCAGUAGGGGACUUGUUGAAGUCAAAAGAACAGCAGUUAACCCUUAGCCUAAGGACAUCAGAUGGUACCAACACUGUGGGCACUGUAGUGGUCAGCCGUUUCAAGAUGGGCGAGAUAGAGGAUGGAGAAGUGGAUCAAAUUGCAACAGAUGCACAGGGACAGAAGUGUACUCUAGUGUGUGAGUCAGCUUCACAUGGAACGACGAAUGACAAAGCUGGCAACCCUCUGAUGAAUGCUGUAUUUAAAAAUCCAGUCUGCAAAGUGUACAGAUUUCAGACUGUUGACAACAAGUGGAUGCUGGUUCGAGAGCAGAUGGCCGAGUGCACUUUGUCUUUUAACAUACCCAAACAGCUGAUUACACUUUACAUACAGGAAGACAUGAGAAGGAUACAGGAGUUAAAAGACCUGGGUGACCUUUCUCCUCACUGGGAAAAUCUCCGUAAGGAAGUGAUCAGUCAUUAUGGUCAGAUGAUCAGUAGCUACCAGGAAACUCUCACUGAAAUGAGCAAGCUAACAGGGUCAUCUUUCAAACCAAGCUGCAGUAAAGCGGACAAAUACUUAGAAUUCAUCCCCAUUAAUCUACACACUCAAAGAAUGCAGGUUAGCUGCCCAAGGAAAACGGAUGCAGCUUAUGAUGUCAUUACUGUUGGAGCCCCUGCGGCCCAUUUUCAGGGAUUUAAAAAUGGAGGUCUUCAGAGACUGCUAAGCAGAUUUGAAGCAGAAAAAAAGAACUUCAGCACAACAUACCAGUGCAUCUACUAUUCUCCAGAAAACACAGCCAAGGCCAAGGAAGUCCUCACUAGCAUCAGCCUCCUGCAGCCUCUCAUAUCCAGCCUCGCAGACCAGUUGCUGCAGGCAGCCCAGCAACACUGUUCCAGCUCCCUAAAGGAGGCUUUGAAGACACUCUCAGACAAAACGGAGCAGUUUGUGCACGCUCUCAAAGACGAGCUGGUGAAGAACGCGCUGCUUGCGCUCUACACUGCCCGCCCUGGCUACGUCAAUAAGAGUCACUCCGCGGUUUGCAACAAUGUGGAUGGCAGCGAAAGCCCGCCCAAGCAGGAUCGCCCACCUCCGCUGAAGCGGCAGGAUUCAAUCCCCCACCACUCAGAAUACGACGAGGAAGAGUGGGACAGGGUGUGGGUAAACGUUGCCAAAAGCCUGAACUGUAUAAUUGCCAUGGUGGACAGGUUGCAGGAGCAUGAGAACAACAACCAGGAUGCAACAGCAGAGCCGUCACUAGCGGACGUCAUCACGUCACACACACCCGGGGACUGGCAGGAGCAGCUCUACCCUCUAGUGGUCACACUGAAGGACUGUGUCACAGAAGUGGUGGAUCGAGCCCGGAAAUCCAUGACUUUUGUUCUGCUGCAGGAGGCAGCCUGCAGUAUUCCUCAAGGCCUGUUGCUCAAGCAGAGACGAGAUUUGGUCUUCAGCCAAGCACUUGCUGCCUUGGCCUGUGGGUUUGUAAUGCGACUUUACGCGGGUCUCAAGGACAAAGGCUUCCUGCAGCAGCUUCAUCUCGUUGGGCUGAUUGCACAGUUUGAAAGCCUGCUCAGCACCUACAGUGAAGAAAUUGGAAUGCUGGAGGAUAUGGAAGUUGGCAUUUCAGAUCUGCAGAGAGUGACAUUCAAAAUCACAGAAGCAAAGUCUGAGGAUCCUAGUGAUCUGCAGCCUGUUGUCAGUGGAAGGCGGGAUUAUUAUACUGUAGAAGUGCCAUUACCACAUGAGAUUUUUGAGGCAUUACCAAAUGAGAUCAAAGAAGGCAAGCCAUUACAAGUGUAUCCAGUGCUCUUUAACAUUGGGAUCAACCAACAACAGACGCUAGCAGAAAGGUUUGGAGACAUCUCCUUACAAGAGCGAAUAAACCAGAAAAACUUUGAAAUUUUAGAUGGCUAUUAUAAGUUAUUAAGUGAAAAGGUGCCAUUGCAAUAUUUACCUUGUUUCCAAACACAAACUGACUUGAAAGAAUUACUUGAAACUCUUCAGCAGAAUAUUCUGACAAAGAAGAGGAAGAAUGUGGAAAUACUGUGGCUUGCUGGAACAAUCUGCCGCAGACUGAAUGGUAUCAGGUUCACCAGCUGUAAAAGUGCCAAAGACAGGACGUCCAUGUCUGUCACACUGGAGCAGUGUGCUCUGUUGAGAGACGAGCACGAACUUAACAAGGACUAUUUCAUUAGAGCCCUGGACUGCAUGCGGAGAGAAGGAUGCCGGAUUGAGAACGUGCAGAAGAACAUCAAGUGCAGAAAAUAUGCGUUCAACAUGCUGCAGUUGAUGGCUUUUCCAAAGUGCUACAGACCUCCAGAAGGCACCUAUGGAAAGGUUGACUCAUAAACAAAUUAGCUUAAAAUUGACAUGUAGGGACUGAUCCAACAGCCAGAAACCAAUUCACUGCUGAUGCGUAGAACGGUGUGUCCAGGGCAUGUGGACAUAAACACUGUUGUGUCUCUCCUCUUAAAGGUAUUUUUAUGUUUAAACGUGAUGAAAAACGAUGUGAGUGUAUUUUGAAAGUAAGAGUUUUAUUUAAGCCAAGUAUUAACUUUCCCAUUUCAGGAAAAAUUCAGUGAAGGAAAGUUUUUGUGUGCUUUAUGUGUUUUGAUACAGGCAAUGAUCCUGCAGCCAAUGUAUUUUAAAUAGUUAUAAUUUGCAUGAUACCAAUGAGAGCACUUUUUUUACCGUAUUUACUCUUUUGGUAUGCACCAUACCACAGUGCAUAACCGGAGCAGCUUAUUUUUCCACUCAAACAGGACCUUGGGCAGCACUUUUUAAGGGAUCUCUGAAGUUAGCACACAGCUAGAACAUAUACAGUACUGUAUGAAAAGAUUUAAUUUGCAUUUGUUGUGUCAUUGAUCAAUAAAGAGCUCUAAGCACUUCAGUUUGAUGCACUUCAGACAGAACCCUCAUUAUUUGUGAACAGAUUAUGUUUUUACCAGCAGUAUUAAGCUUUUGUGUUUUUUUCAUUUGAAAUUAGUACCGUGUUUGUUUUUAUGUUGUGUUCAUGGGCUGUGUGAUCUCUUUUAUGGAUUCUAGUCCUUUUCUGAGUUGAAGUACAUAGGUGGAUGACAUCAAACAAACCAAGUCAUUUGGCUCAUGGAUUGAUUGUUCGUCUUGCUGUUACUGCAGCCUUGUUGUCAUAUGUAGCUCAGAUAAAGUUUUUUCUUUCAUAGGUAAGAGCUGAUAUACUGUACUCCCACAUUACAAAGAGUAAGAGUAUAUCUGGCAUCUGCAUGAUGCUUUUUCGUACUGCGUGAUGCUUAAGGUUCUACCACCAGAUAUACAUGUAUAAAUCUGUUCUGUUCUGUGACAGUCAUGCUCGCACGUGCAGACUGCUUGUUUUAAUAUGGAAGGUCUCUGAAAUGGGGUGAGGUUAAACACUGCUGUUGUCACUCAGGUUAAACCAGCUCAGAACAAUCAAGGACAAUCCUCAGGACCAAAUACUGAAGCUGGGGAACAUUACCAGGCUAAACCUAUUGAUACUGACAAACAGAAGGCAAAAGGUUUUUGAUGAUAUGAAAACAACUGAAGAUUAUUAAUGUGUUCUGUUGCAACAUAGGACCUUUUAAGUAAAGAACACGGAAUUUUUAUAUACUGCUAAUGAAGCACAUGUUUUUGUGUUUUUAUGUCCCUUGAACUUGAUAAAGUAUAUAGGAUUUAUUGUCUGGUUCAGUGGUUAUGGUAUUUUACCAGACUGAAUGUAAUAUUUCAGUUGCUCAAGCAGUACAACACAGUAUAUAACAAGUAGCUGAGCUGGUAGCAGUCUCACACAUCAUUUUAAGUGCUUCUUAAAGCAAUGGCACUCUCACCUACAUCAUAGAAGUUGCUUAUAAUAAGGGAUUCUGAUAUUAAAAAUACACAGCAGAAUCUUUCUAGACAGGUAACUGUUGUGUACAAAAGGUUAGAAGAAUAAAAGACCAACAGAUUGUAUAUUAACAGGACUAUCAGGCACUACAGUAAAAAAGUUGUAAGCAAUACUGUAUGCAAGUCAGGAAUGCCUCAUGUUUUAAUAUUUGUUCGGGUGAAUGUGUUAAUUUUUUUAAAGAAAAGCCGUACUUAAAAGCCAUAAGUGUUGUUACUCUUAUUUAUAUGUAGCCUUUGUGAAAGUAUGUUUGUGUUAAUUAGCUAUUGAAAGCAAUGAGUACCUGUUUUUU